AUGAGCGACUACGCAGUCAUCCCGGGAGGCUCACUCAAAUUCAAAGGCGGCGACCUCAAGAAGAAGAAGAAGAAGUCUUCAUCACAUACCACAUCCGAAAAGAAGCCCGAAAGCGCUUCAAUAGCCGAAUCGUCGAAAGCGCGGGAAAAGAAGCGGGACGAUGAGGAGACGGAUACGGAGAGACGGAAACGGGCAAAGGUGGACUCGGAUGACGAAGGAGAUAAGGAGGAGGCGAUGAAGCCCAAGUCGAGUGGAGGGAGGCAGAUGACGGAUGCGGAGAGGAAGUUUGAGGAGAUACAAAGAAAACGGCGACAUGAGCGUGUGGCCAAAACGGCAAAUAUGAGCCAUAAAGACCGAGUCACAGAGUUCAACUCCAAGCUCGACAAACUGACUGAGCAUAACGAUAUCCCAAAGAUCAGCUGGACUGGAUGA